AUGUUUCCGAUGAACGCCAACACUCUCACGAGCUCAAUGCUGUACAAGUUUGCGAUUUGGUACACACGUCGCACACCAGGGGUCAGGAACCAGACAUCUUACGAGGACAUCAUCAAGAAGAUUGUUGAAUUCAGCACGGUUGAAGGUUUUUGGGCAUGCUACUGACACCUUGCUCGCUCUUCUAGUCCAAGUGAUCUUCAUUUCUUCAAGGAUGGCAUUCGCCUGUGGGAGGAUGGUGCCAACUGCAAUGGUGGAAAGUGGAUCAUUCGUUUCUCCAAAGGUGUAUCUGCUCGUUUCUGGGAGGAUCUGCUUCUUGCGUUGGUAGGCGACCAGCUUGAUGAUGCUGAUAACAUCUGUGGGGCAGUACUGAGUGUCCCUUUUAAUGGCAUCAUUAGUGUGUGGAAUCGCAAUGCUUCUGAUCAUCAGGCAGUGAUGGGUUUGAGAGACUCGAUCAAGGGGCACUUGAAGCUGCCUCAUGCCUAUGUCAUGGAGUACAAGCCCCACGAUUCUUCUCUUCGUGACAACUCUUCCUACAGGAAGAACACAUGGCUGAGAGGAUAGGUUCAAAGUUGACCAUUGAAUCACGUGAUGUGGGGAAAGAUUGCAACCUGCGAAGAUAUAAGAACUGAACC